CCAGCCGGGCGAGCCAGCCGCGAGCAGAGCUCUGCCCGCAGCCCCCGGAGCGGAUCCCAGCCGCCCCUUGGCUAUCCCCGGGUUCUAGCAAAAAACCCCGGGGUGCCCAUCAAUUUCCUUGAGUGAUUACAGCGUGUUUCUUUCUUUUUUCUUUUUUUAUCCUUUCCCCUCCUGUGUGCCCUUCUCCAGGAUGGCAGAAGCUGAAUUGCACAAGGAAAGGCUGCAAGCCAUAGCCGAAAAAAGAAAGAGGCAGACUGAAAUAGAAGGCAAGCGGCAGGAGCUUGACGAGCAGAUACUUCUGCUGCAGCACUGCAAGUCCAAACUGCUUCGGGAAAAAUGGCUGCUGCAGGGGAUGCCUGCUGGGACUGCCGAAGAGGAGGAAGCCAGGAGGCAGCAGUCUGAGGAGGAUGAAUUCAGAGUGAAACAACUUGAAGAUAACAUUCAGAGGCUGGAGCAGGAAAUACAAGCACUGGAAAGUGAAGAGUCCCAGAUAUCUGCCAAAGAGCAAAUCAUCCUGGAGAAACUAAAGGAGACGGAGAAAUCCUUCAAGGACUUUCAGAAGAGCUUCUCCAGCACGGAUGGAGAUGCAGUAAAUUGCAUUUCCUCCCAGCUCCCCGACCUGCCAACCCUCUGUUCACGAACAGCAGAACCGUCACCUGGGCAGGACGGGACCAGCAGAGCAGCUGCUGUGUACGCCAUGGAAAUUAAUGUGGAGACAGACAAACACACAGGAGAGACCAAGAUUCUCUCUGCAUCCACCAUUGGCCCAGAGGGGGUCCAUCAGAGAGGAGUCAAGGUCUGUGACGAUGGUACCAAAGUAGUGUAUGAGGUGCGCUCGGGAGGCACGGUAGUAGAAAACGGAGUGCACAGACUGAGCUCCAAGGAUGUAGAAGAGCUUAUUCAGAAGGCCGGACAAUCAAGCGUAAGAGGAGGGCCCGUGUCAGACAGGACUGUGAUCGCAGAUGGGAGCCUCAGCCACCCUAAGGAACACGUGCUCUGCAAAGAGGCCAAGUUAGAAAUGGUUCAUAAGUCUAGGAAGGAUCACUCCUCCGGGAACCCAGGGCAGCAGGCCCAGGCCCCCAGCACUGAAGGGCCGCAGGCAAACUUGGAUCAGCCCGUCACCAUGAUUUUCAUGGGCUACCAAAAUAUCGAGGAUGAAGAGGAGACUAAAAAGGUGCUAGGCUACGAUGAAACCAUCAAGGCUGAAUUGGUCCUCAUUGACGAAGACGAUGAGAAGUCGUUGAGGGAGAAGACGGUGACGGACGUGUCCACUAUUGAUGGGAACGCAGCCGAGCUUGUGUCUGGGAGGCCGAUCUCAGACACCACAGAGCCCUCGUCCCCAGAAGGGAAGGAAGAGAGCCUGGCCACAGAGCCAGCCCCAGGAGUUGUGUGGGAGAGUGUUCUGCUGAAGGGCCAUGAAGCAGCCUCGGACAUCACAGAAACAUCCAGCGCAGACAUGACCAUCAAGAAGCCCCCCCAGCUCUCCGAGGAUGAUGUCCGGCUAACAAGCGAGAGAGACCACAGUAGUGCCAACCCCCUGGAUCCUGCGAUCAGCCCUCUCCCCCCAGAUCACAAAAACAUGGAAAUUGAGGUCUCCGUGGCAGAAUGUAAAAGUGUUCCUGGGAUCGCCUCCACUUCACAUUCCAUGGACCACCCCUCCCCCUUCUGCUCGCCCCCCCACAACGGCCUCCUCGCUGAUCACCAUGAAUCUCUGGAUAACGACGUGGCCAGUGAGAUCCGCUAUCUAGACGAGGUGCUCGAGGCCAACUGCUGUGAUUCCGCUGUGGACGGAACCUACAACGGCACGUCCUCCCCGGAGCCUGGCACAGCCGUCCAUCCAGAGCCCACCAAGAGGGCGACUGGCAGGCAGGUGCCUCCUCACAUUGAGCUCAGUAGAAGCAACUCUGACACCAUGGCAGAGCGUGAAGGCGCGAACGGCCACUCCCCUGACCCCCCCCGAGAUGUGCUGGGGGACAGCCUGCAGGCGCCCGUGAGCCCCAGCUCCUCCACCAGCUCGUGGUGCUCGUCCCGAGACGGGGAGUUCACGCUCACCACGCUGAAGAAGGAAGCCAAGUUCGAGCUGCGUGCCUUCCACGAGGACAAGAAGCCCUCCAAGCUCUUCGAGGACGACGGGAGUGAGAAAGAACAGUACUGUGUCCGAAAGGUGAGGCCCACAGAAGAGAUGCUGGAGCUGGAGAAGGAAAGACGAGAACUCAUCCGGAGUCAGGCCAUGAAGAAGAAUCCCGGCAUCGCAGCCAAAUGGUGGAACCCUCCCCAGGAGAAAACCAUCGAGGAGCAGCUGGACGAGGAACACCUGGAGUCGCACAAGAAGUACAAGGAGCGCAGGGAGAGGAGGGUGCAGCAGGAGCAGCUGCUGAUGCAGCAGCAGCAGCCCGCCCCGCUCGGCACGGCCCCUGCCUCCCCUCAGCAAGCUCCCCGCGGGACUGGCAAGGCGAAGGAGGACGUCGUCACGGAGCAGAUAGAUUUCUCUGCGGCUCGCAAACAGUUCCAGCUCAUGGAGAAUUCCAGGCAAACGGCGGCCAGGGGGCAGAGUACACCCAGGCUCUUCUCCAUCAAGCCCUUCUACAGGCCUCUGGGUUCAAUCAAUUCAGACAAGCCACUGACCCUCUCGAGACCAGCCUCCAUCGGGGGUCCUCUGGAAGACAGCGGUGCCCUGGCAGCCAAGGGGCAGAAAGCCCACUGUGCCCCGGAGAGCCAGUCUCCGGGAGGGGGCCAGGGCAGCGCAGCUCCGCAGGGCCGGGAAGGGCCCUACAGCGAGGCCUCCAAACGCGGGCCCCUGUCCAAACUGUGGACAGAGGACGGAGAGUUCACAAGUGCCAGGGCCGUCCUCACCGUGGUCAAGGAUGAUGAUCCUGGGAUUUUGGAUCAGUUUUCAAGGUCCGUCAAUGUCUCUUUGACCCAAGAGGAGCUUGACUCCGGUCUGGAUGAAUUGUCAGUGAGGUCCCAGGACACCACCGUCCUGGAGACCCUGUCCAAUGAUUUCAGCAUGGACAACAUCAGUGACAGCGGGGCCUCCAACGAGACAACCAACGCCCUCCAGGAGAAUUCACUGGCCGAUUUCUCUCUGCCCCAGACUCCGCAAACUGACAACCCCUCAGAAGGCCGAGGAGAAGGUGUCUCCAAGUCAUUUAGUGAUCAUGGUUUCUACUCCCCUUCAUCCACGCUGCGAGACUCUCCGUCGGCUGAUGACUCCUUGGAAUACCAGGCUGGUCUCCUGGUGCAGAACGCCAUUCAACAAGCCAUAGCCGAGCAGGUGGAUAGAGCUGUGUCUGGAAGCAACAAGCGUGGAGCAGAGCAGCAGGGACCCAAAGCGACUCUAGAGGAAGCGGGGUCUGGGGCUCUGAGCUCAGAGAAGCCGCAGAGCAUGUUCGAGCCACCUCAGGUGUCCUCUCCCGUUCAAGAGAAAAGGGAUGUAUUACCAAAGAUCCUGCCUACUGAAGACAGGGUGCUCAGGGAACGGGGACCCUCCCCCCCAUUGCCAGCAGUGCAGCCCAGUGGCCCAAUAAACAUGGAGGAGACCAGACCCGAACGGGGCUAUUUCAGCAAGUACUCAGAGGCAGCUGAGCUGAGAAGCACAGCCUUGCUCCUGGCCAGUCAAGAGUCCGACGUGACGGUUGGGCCCUUCAAGUUGAGGUCAAGGAAGCAGCGGACUUUGUCCAUGAUCGAAGAAGAGAUCCGAGCAGCCCAGGAAAGGGAAGAGGAGCUGAAGAGGCAGAGACAAGUCUUGCAGAGUACCCCGAGUUCCCGGGCAAAGAAUGCCUUAUCGCUGCCCUCCCGGACCUCGUGCUACAAAACCGCUCCAGGGAAAAUAGAGAAAGUCAGACCUCCUCCAUCCCCCACACCUGAAGGCCCCAGCUUGCAGCCUGACUUAGCCCCCGAAGAGGCUGCCGGAUCCCAGCGGCCCAAGAAUCUGAUGCAGACCCUCAUGGAAGACUAUGAGACACACAAAUCUAAAAGGCGCGAGAGGAUGGAUGAUGGUAGUGUCCUUGAGGCCACGCGGGUUAACCGGAGAAAGAGCGCGCUGGCCUUGCGCUGGGAGGCGGGGCUCUAUGCCAACCAGGAGGAUGGGGACAAUGAGUAACCAACUUCCUUCCACCCAGGAAGCUUCAGGGGUGCUUGGGUUACCUAGAAACCAAGCCCUCCCCACGUCACAGCAUUUUAAUGGAGUAUUUAUUAAAGUGCAAACAAACUCGGCAACCCUUCCGUAGACCAGAAGCUGCAAUGAUGAACAAUAAAGUGAGAAAGAAAUCCACCCAUCACACCCUAGCCCCCAGGAGUCAACAGAGAAAGGAUUUUUUGCGACUCAAAGAAUCGCCUGGAUUUGGACCAAUCCACAACUGCUCCCAAAGGACACAGAAGUUACAGGCAAAUCAACAUGGUUGCUCCAGGCACAACCCGGAGCAGCCUUGCUGGGUGGAGAGGACACGGGCGACGGGCCCAUCUGGACAGCAGUGGCGCCCAGGCUGGUGCCAUCGACAGCACAGGAUGCUCUCUGCACCCAUUUCCGCCCGUCGCUCAGCAUCGGAGGUGUUGAGUCAACGCCACUGACUCCAGCAGCCAUAGAGUGAAUCAUGUUUCCCUGCUUACGGAGAAGAGGCAAUUAUGAUUCCAUUUCUCUUACAUUAAACUGAUUUUUAUCGGGAGCAGUUAAUAAUCGCAAUACAUCAAACCCGUAUUUUUAAGACAAUGUUUCUUCAUGUUGCAGACACAAACUGUUCCACGUGAGGAGGUUGAGGGGCGGGGGGAGAAAGCCAAACCAAAUGGAUUAUUUUAGCUCUAGGGUCUAGUCUGCUUAUACUGUUGACUGAUUUGCAGGUUAGGAGAACACGUUUUCCCAAUUAUGUUUCUUCAUAUGAAAACUAUAUUUAGUGGACAACAACUAUUUUUAUGAUGGGAUGGGGGAAUAUAUCCAUGUUCAAGCCUGCGCACACUGAACAGCCUGGCUCAGGCGGGUCGGGGUAUUUUUAGAGUGGCAAUAAUUGAGAAAAGGGCGAAAUCUGCCUUACACAGGUAGAUGUCGAGAAAUAAAAGGGGUUUAUAUUUUCUAUCAUAAAAUGGACCUUAGGGGUGGUAGGAAGAUCGAGAGAUUAUUUUGGGUUAACCAGAAAUGAAACAUUAAAGAAAGAGCAUGAAGGUAGAGAGAGAAGGGGGCAGAAAGGGUAGGGAAAAUAAGGAAUCAGGAGAUAUUUUUUUCUGAGCAGCCAGUGUUUUUCAGGAUGAUACAGAGAAAUAUAGACUAGAAAUCGAAGGGCAGGCUUGGAAUCAGCAACAAAUCCUAAAGAUGGUGUGUAUGAGUGUGUGUGUGCACGCACGCACACUCAUACACCUUUGUGUGUUUGUUAAAGUGUGUAUGCUCAUGCGUAAGGGUGUGUAUGUUGGGGUUAAAAUUCCAGAAUGAGCAUGGGACAGGGUGUACAGUAUUUCCUCCAGAGCUGUUAGCCAGCGCCAGGGGUGAGCGAGAAUUUCUUUUUUAUGAAAAGGGAUAUAGAGGCACCGAGCUGAUGCAGUAUUCGUGAUAUGAAACUGAAUUAACAUGGUAUCUGCAUGAGUCACAAUUGCAGAGUUUUGAGCAGGUUUGUAAUUUGACACUUAGGAAAGUACCAUAUUUAUUCUCAUGCUUUGUAUUCAUGCUUAGUAUACCACAGAAGAUGCCAGCUUCACUCUUUCUGACCUUUAAAGCAAUAUGAUAAGGGCAUUCAAUAAUUGAGUGCCCUCAAUUUCUAGAUAAGAAAUUUUUCCACUCUGGCCAUGAGAAAAAAAAAACAAAAAACUGACCAGCAUCAUUUUUUUUCCUUUUGUUUUAAAACUGUGGUUUUAAAAAAUAAGCAAUAAUGAAG